GUCCGUCGCCUCCUUCGGUUUCCUCUCGUCCUUUUGGCGGCUCCCCUCCCCCGCCGGGCUAUCCGCGCCCCUCCCGGGCGCCCGGGCGGCGGGGCCGUCGGCGUCCGGCCCUCCUUGCUUCCGCUCGCCUCCGACUUUGCUGCCCGCGGCUCGGUGCGUGCCCCCGACACCGAGGCAGAGCGGGGGCAGGGGGCUGACCGCCAUGACCCCCUGCAUCCUGGCGUGACGGGGCUGAGUUCCCUAGAUCACUGCAUGGAGCCCCAGUUUACAGAGAAGAAAGCCAGGAGGCAAAAGUUCUUGGCUCCUUUGCCCCCUGUCCCAGGUGGCCAGCCAGGAGGUAGCCCAGCUGGGGUGAAGGCCUAUGAUCUGCACAUUCUGCCUGGCUGAGCAGGGGCCCCAAGUGGGAAGGAGACAGCAUGUUUGAGGAACUGAAAGAUGGACGCUUAACUUUCAGAAGGAGGUUAACAAAGGACAGAGCCUUCUGGGCCACAAUUAGGAACUCAUCUUCGGCUUUGAGGGCAAUGGGAAGUCCCUGAAGGUUGGGCACAGGCUCUCAGCAGUAUCCUGUUUGUGUUUCCAAAGGUUCUCUCCCCUUCUUAAAUGCAGUGACCAACCUCAAGAGUCACUCCAUCACGCCAAACCUUGAGGGGGCUGUGCCCCUCACUGCUGUUGGGCACCAUGUCGACCUCAUCUCUGAGGCGCCAGAUGAAGAACAUUGUCCACAACUACUCAGAGGCCGAGAUCAAGGUUCGAGAGGCCACAAGCAACGACCCCUGGGGCCCAUCCAGCUCCCUCAUGUCCGAGAUCGCCGACCUCACUUACAACGUUGUCGCCUUCUCGGAGAUCAUGAGCAUGAUCUGGAAGCGGCUCAAUGACCAUGGCAAGAACUGGCGGCAUGUCUACAAGGCCAUGACGCUCAUGGAGUACCUCAUCAAGACUGGCUCAGAGCGUGUGUCGCAGCAGUGUAAAGAGAACAUGUAUGCUGUGCAGACGCUAAAGGACUUCCAGUAUGUGGACCGGGAUGGCAAGGACCAGGGUGUGAAUGUGCGUGAGAAGGCUAAGCAGCUGGUGGCUUUGCUCCGAGAUGAGGACCGGCUGCGGGAGGAGCGGGCACAUGCGCUCAAGACCAAGGAGAAACUGGCACAGACGGCCACGGCCUCAUCAGCAGCUGUGGGCUCCGGGCCCCCACCUGAGGCAGAGCAGGCGUGGCCACAGAGCAGUGGGGAGGAGGAGCUGCAGCUCCAGCUGGCCCUGGCCAUGAGCAAGGAGGAGGCUGACCAGCCCCCAUCCUGCGGCCCUGAAGACGACGUCCAGCUCCAGCUGGCCCUUAGUUUGAGCCGAGAGGAGCACGAUAAGGAAGAGCGGAUCCGUCGUGGGGAUGACCUGAGGCUGCAAAUGGCCAUUGAAGAGAGCAAGAGGGAGACCGGGGGUAAGGAGGAGUCAUCCCUCAUGGAUCUUGCUGAUGUCUUCACGGCUCCAGCUCCUCCACCAGCCUCUGACCCUUGGGGAGGCCCAGCGCCCAUGGCUGCUGCCAUCCCCUCUGCUGCCCCCACCUCGGACCCCUGGGGGGGUCCCCCUGCCCCUCCGGCUGCUGACCCCUGGAGUGCUCCAGGUCCCACACCAGCCUCCGGGGACCCCUGGAGGCCUGCUGCCCCCUCAGGGCCUUCGGUUGACCCUUGGGGUGGGACCCCUGCCCCUGCAGCUGGAGAGGGGUCCACACCUGACCCAUGGGGAAGUUCCGAUGGUGGGGCCCCUGUUAGCAGACCUCCAGCGUCUGAUCCUUGGGCACCAGCGCCAGCCUUCUCGGACCCCUGGGGGGGUUCACCUGCCAAGCCCAGCACUAAUGGCACCACAGCAGUUGGGUGCUUUGACACAGAGCCUGAUGAGUUCUCCGACUUCGACCGACUCCGCACAGCACUGCCGACCUCUGGGAGCAGCACAGGGGAGCUGGAGCUGCUGGCAGGAGAGGUACCCACCCGCAGCCCUGGGGCAUUUGAUAUGAGUGGGGUUGGGGAGUCUCUGGCUGAGGCUGUGGGGAGCCCUCCACCUGCAGCCACCCCCACCCCCACACCUCCUACCCGGAAGACGCCGGAGUCAUUCCUGGGGCCCAAUGCAGCUCUUGUGGACCUGGACUCACUGGUGAGCCGGCCGGGCCCUACUCCACCAGGAGCCAAGGCCUCCAAUCCCUUUCUGCCAAGUGGAGCCCCAGCCACUGGCCCCUCUGUCACCAACCCCUUCCAGCCUGCCCCCCCUGCAACGCUCACCCUGAACCAGCUCCGUCUUAGCCCUGCGCCCCCAGGCCCUGGGGCACCCCCCUACAUCUCUCCUCUUGGUGGGGGCCCUGGCCUGACCCCAGUGCUGCCUCCGGGCCCCUCGGCCCCCAGUACAAACCCCUUCCUCCUAUAAUCCAGGGUGGGAGGGGCCCUGCCCUGCCCAGCCCACUGCCCCCUUCUGUUCCCUCAGGUCAGUGCUGUGAGUGCAUGUGACAUGGGCCCUCCCAGUCCCCUCCCAGUGCCCACUCACACUACACCCUCCCCCACAUCCCCCCCUCCUGCCCAAAGAAAAGCUGGACAUGGGGUGGGGAAGGGCGCUGGCCGGAGGACCCUGUUCCCACGGCAUUAGGAGUGGGAGGGAUGGCUGGGACCCCCCAUUCUCCCUCCCUCUAAACUCCUGACUCCUCAUCAGUGUUUGACACCCCCCCCCCCAUGCACCCCUCGGUAAAUCUUUGAUGAUGAUUUUGGCAACUUCGGGAAUAAAUGGCAAUUCUCAAGGG